AUGGGCUACCCUCAAAACAGGGGCGUGCCUCAGCAGUACAUGGGCGUCCCCUAUCAGUACACGGGCGUCCCACAGCAGCAGGUAAACGUCCAUCAGCAUUACAUGGGUGGCCCCCAGCAGUAUAUGGGCGCUGCUCAACAUCAUACGGGCGUCCCUCAGCAGUAUAUGGGCGUCCGCCAGAAGCACAUGGGUGGGGCCCAGCAGCACGCGGGUGGCACCCAACAGCACAUGGGCGUCCCUCAGCCCGCCAUGCUGUAUCCGGUCCCACACCCACCUCCGGCCGGCACCACUGAGUCCAUUCUCCGAGAAGCCUGGCGGGUCGAGGGCUUUGCUACCGUCAACCCCAUGGAUUACCUCACCGUGGAUGGCAUCACAAAGGUCAUGGAUGCUAAGGUAGACCUACGGAACACCCUUCACCGCCCGACCACGAGUAUAUAUCGCCCCGAGGAACUGCCCUUGCUCAGUCGCUAUCGCAGCUUCGUAGCAGCCAAUGCCCUGGGGUUGCUCGUCCAGGAGCUGGACCACCAGCUCACGUGGCUCCGGGCGCGUGCGGAGGACCUCAUGAAGACGGAGGUAAGUCUGCGUAAGGAUAUCCCUAGGGGCUGGAAGGACUUCGCCAGGAGCCGUACACAGCCGAAGCGCGAUAGGGUCGUGAAGGCACCCAGGAAGGCCCGUACGGAGGCGGAGAAAUCGGGCAGCGACAAGGCCUCCGUCAUUGCGCUGGCGUCGCCUGGAUAUCCGGAUUCUGGGUAUACGUCGUCUGGUUAUAAGGCGUCGGAGGCCUCCACGGCGCUGGAUGUGUCGCCCGGCAUUCCGCAGUCGCCUUGGGAUACAGAGCAGGGGGACUUCACUGGGGUGGAUACGGCGUCCGGGUCGGGCACCUCAGCGCAGAUGGGGUCGAGGAGCAUACAGGAGGGUCCCGCGUGUAUUAUGCAGCAAACGCUUGGUCCCGACGUGGAUGCCGAGGUGGAUGCUGUGGAUUGGGACUUGUGGGUGGAUUUCGAGGCCGGUGAGAAGUCAAGGUAG